GUUUUCGGUGAUCGGCCCUCAUGGGUGAUCAGAAUCAGCAGGAAAAAACCUAAUCAGCACAUCUCUAAUUUCGACUUUUGAUGUCAAAUAUUUCAUCAUCGUUCUGACUCUUAAAUGAUACAUUGGUCCUUCCACCACCAGGGGACGCUGCAGAAGUUUGUGGACGACCUUUUUGAGACUGUGUUCAGCACGGCCCAUCGUGGCUCUGCACUGCCGUUGGCGAUUAAAUACAUGUUCGACUUUUUGGACGAGCAGGCCGACAAACGGUCAAUCACCGACCCAGAUGUCCGGCACACCUGGAAGAGCAACUGUCUUCCUCUCAGGUUCUGGGUCAACGUCAUUAAGAAUCCACAGUUCGUCUUCGACAUCCAUAAGAGCAGCAUCACAGACGCCUGCCUGUCGGUGGUGGCGCAGACCUUCAUGGACUCGUGCUCGACAUCCGAACAUCGGCUCGGCAAAGACUCACCGUCCAACAAGUUGCUCUAUGCUAAAGACAUCCCCAACUACAAAAGCUGGGUGGAGAGGUACUACAGGGACAUCUCCAAGAUGCCCAGCAUCAGCGACCAGGACAUGGACGCCUACCUGGUGGAGCAGUCCCGUCUGCAUGGCAACGAGUUCAACACACUGAGCGCGCUCAAUGAACUCUACUUCUACAUCAACAAGUACAAGGAAGAGGUGAGGCUGUUGUUUCCUUCUUCUGCAGUUCUUGGUUUCACAGCUUUUCCUGGGAAACUUCAGUUUGGUCCUCAUUCCAUGAUUGUACUUUCCAAAAAGAAAGAUGUAGAGGCUUUUGGUCUCCUGCCAAAACUUCCUUAAAGAGCCUGAUGUGUGACCUCCAGCUGAUCAGGAACGUGUGGAGCUCCUACUUGGGUUCACAGCCCAGGACUCCCUCCAGGCUUUUCCUGCUUCAUCCAGAGGAAAAGUCAGGCAGGACCAGAAGGACCAGUUUGGAUGUUUUUAUCUGUUCUGGUUCUGGAUGUUUUAGAAGCUGGGUUUCAACUAGUUUUCUAUUUUUGAAUGGAUAAGAGUGAAUAUUUUACUACCUAACGCUUGUUUUACAUGACUUUAUAUCUAAAUGAUGUCCACUGUUUUCUUCACUGGGCCUCAAAGCUCCAGUCAUCAGGAUUUUCAUGUCGCUUUAGAUGAGCCUUUUAAACCGGGUCAAACAGAACCAGAACUGACUCUGAUGCCUCCUG